AUGGACAUGAAUCGUGGAUAUCCAUUUCCUGGAGAGGCGAUGGAGCGAAGACACUCUGAUACGUGCAUCCCACCGCAACCACCGAUGAACAUGUCGAUCAUUCCUAAACAACCACAUAACGCCGAAUACACACACCCACACUUCGCUAUGAUAUACCUUGACCACAACGGUCAAUGGCAACUACAAGCGUCGCCCUCGAUUGCAGGCUGUGAAGGCGCUAUCUUUACACCAGAUGUUACAGACCGAUUCAUAGAAAUGACGGGCCAGACCCCACAGGCCAGCCCGCAGUUCACAAACCAAACCCAUGCACCCCACUCCCCUUGGGACGAGCAACCAUCGUCGGGAUGGGGGCCAACUGGUCAGGCAAGACAGGCCGAGAUGAUUCCAUUCCAAUGGUCGUCACAACAAAGUCGAAAGAAAUCGAAGCGUGCCGGCGGUAUGCUCAAGUCUCGACCUAAAUCCAGCUCGCCACCACCUACCACACCUCCACCCGGACGGACUGUUCUUCGUGUCGGUAACCGGGCGCUACUACGACGCUACUACGAGAAAGCAUUUGAGGAUUUCCAGCAGCUUAAUUGCCGCGCUAUUGCAAAAUCCUAUAUCAAGCUUGUUGAGCCGAGGAAGCAGGUCCAUUAUCCGUACAAUGGACGUAGAGUCAUUGCCGGUGUCUCUCAGCGUGUGGAUCCGGAGUUCACUAAGCCAGCAUGGUGGCCUGCUAAUGUCUUGCACAAGGAGCCUGAUCAUCUCCUCAAGCCUGACCGACUGCGACUUCUUGUCCAUAUCCUCUGUGAGCUAAAGGAUAGCCAUGGAGUCACAACCGACAAACUACGAGACGCUGGCCAAGACGUGAGACGCCAGAUUACACCCGCCCACCGGCUGCAGGUUCUAGACGAGAUCUACUUUGUGCGACAGAUGGAAGAACAAUUUCUGGAUGGUGAAAUCGACGCUAGUACCUUGAUCCAGGUGACACAAACGCAUCUACCGGAGGCAAUCUUCCAAGACAACGAUCAACUAUCAUCCCGUGCACACGCAGCACCUGUAACAGCGUCUAUGGUCGAGUCUGAACAUGACAAGCAUGAUGCAGGUGAUCGACCUAGCAGUUCGACGUUGGAAGAAGAUGACUCAAAGCUACACCACUCGCAUAGCUUGCCCCUCUCACCUACCACUAGCGAGUCAAGUGGUCCACAUAGCCCGGCAGGCAGUUUCGGCUAUCCAAUGAGCAUGGCACCAUCAGUGCAUGUAAUCCCCCCGGUGGAGACCCCGAAUGUCACAAAACCUAUGCAUCCAGAUCCGAGUUAUCUGUCUGGGUACUACCCGCAACAAUUUGUGGCUGAUAAAGGGCCCGGGUUCUGGUCACAGACCAAUUCGACAUCACAAUUUGGAUAUUGA